AUGUCCUUCAAAGCUCCUAUCCGACGUAUCGCCCUCGCCAGGCCUGCUUUGGCUGCGCGAGGCUUCCACUCUACCCCUCGUGCUUUUGUCCGCGUUGGUCAAGAGAUUCCUAACCUUGACGUCCUUCUGGAGGACUCGCCCGGUAACAAGGUCAAUCUCGCGGAGGAGUUCAAGUCGGCCAAUGGAUACAUCGUUGGCGUUCCUGCUGCCUUCUCCGGAACGUGCUCCAGCAAGCACAUUCCCUCUUACAUCAACCACCCCAAGCUCAAGCAGGCUGGCCAGGUCUUUGUUGUAUCUGUCAAUGAUCCAUUUGUCAUGAAGGCUUGGAGUGAGCAGCUCGACCCCGCCAAGCAGACCGGUAUCCGAUUCCUUGGCGACCCUACUGGUGAGUUCACUAAGGCUCUAGACCUUGGCUUCGAGGCAUACGAGGUAUUUGGCGGUAUGCGAGGAAAGCGAUAUGCCCUCAAGGUGGAGGAUGGCAAGGUCAGCAAGGCAUAUGUGGAGCCUGACAAUACUGGAAGCGCUGUCUCCAUGGCGGAGCAAGUGCUCGACUAG